AUGAACAAAAACACACUUGCCUUGCCUCCACGCUCUUCUCGACGUAAUCGACGCGUAUGUUGCUCAUCAACAACAAUGAAUACAACCAAAUUGGACAAGCAAUACGAAGCCCGUUCUUAUACCGAGAUCAUGCAAACGCAUAACACACGUGAUCGUUUGGCGUUGUAUGAAAAGACAUUCGAAAUGUGUAUGCGUGCCGAUCCACAAUUGACAGCAUGGAUCAAACGCAUGAAACAAAAAGGGGUCCCUAAACCAAUGCUAGAGGGCUAUACUCCACCUUCACAUCGUCGUGCUUCUGAAGAUUCAUUGCCAUCAAGCACUUUUAGCUCUUGCAGCAGCAUUAGCAACAACUCUGUGAAUGACCGCAAAAGCUUUAGCAGCAUCUUUUUACGUAAAGCAUCUACCGGUUCAUCUAUGCCAAGUGCUCCACCUCCACCUACACCUGCACCACAAGUUAAACCAUGUUCCUCUGCUAGCCGUUUCAUUACUACAUCGCUCAGCAGGCUUUCUAAUUUAUCCACUCGUCGGCGAUCUUCCACUGGUAGCAGCCAUCCCAGCAACAACAACAGUAGUAAUAAUACCAGGACCACCAUCUCCACCAUGUCUUCAGCUCCUCCACCACCACCAACACAUGGAUCACAGCAAAACAAUAACGCACAUCUCUUUGUACGACGACUACGACGAUCGCAUGAUUUGCGACCCAAGAUUGCCAUUCAAGUGUAA